GGCUCCCCACUCCCUGAAGACAUCGCAAACAAGCGCAUCUUGAGUGUCGAGGACCAGAUCAAUUCCGCCGAUGUUAGUGUGAGCGGGGGGUCAGAUACUGAGGCCUCGCGCGCAAAAGAUGGCGACAAGGGACAGGGCCGCGCUGGAUCCUCAGCAAAGAAGCCUGCAACGUUCAAGGCCGUUUCUGUCAAUAAGACAUUUCUAGCUUCCAAGGCGAACCCCAGCGUCUCGUCCAAGACAACCGACAAGCCAGCUACGGGCUCGAGUACCCCGCCGACCGGCUCCGCCACCUUGUCCAUAUCACGACCGCGUUUGGUUGCAAAGUCUGGGAGCGGUACUGGCACCUCGUCUCCGCGGUUCUCGUCACUAGCAAAUGGUGGCAAACCUGCUGCUGCACCCGAUCCGAAUGCUGUGUGGAAUAAGAAUAGGCCUACGCCUGUCCCAGAACCCAAGAAAUUUACGGACGAAGAGCUCAAAAAGUAUGGAAUUCAUAUGGCUAGUCGCCUGAACGAAGACGAUACUCAAGGGCAGAAUAAGUGGGCGGACAUCGACGACGAUGACGAUGACUGGGCACCCGAGGCCAUCACCUGGGGAGAUGGCACCAAGACAACUCUUCCUCACCCCGAUGAGACGUCAGCACGAGCAGCAGAUCGUACGCCAGAUGUUAUCAAAAGUGCCACCCAAGACAAGCCAUCUUCUCCCGCACCACCAGGCGCAACGAGCACACCAGUGCCGAAAUCGGGUGGCCUUCCGUCUGGGAAAGGGUUGGUUCUCAAGAGCGCUGCCCAAGAGAAGCCAGUUCUCGUUGCCAAACCUCCAGCACCACCUGCGCCUGCUAAGUCACCAUGGGCUACUUUACCGCCUGUUGCAAAAACAUCACCUGGAGCCAUAGAGUCUUCAUAUCCGCCUCGCGGCGCUCUAAGAGAGUCAUCGUUCGCCAGCAACAUGGGCCCUCCGCCGCCCCGAGACAUGGCAGUGGAUGAUUAUUCACGCUCGACUUGGAGAGAUAGGUCAUCUUACGGAAAUAAGGAGCUCUUCAACUCUCGGUCCGGGCGAUAUGAGCCAGUUCCCGAUCGACGGCCGUCAAUGCGAUCUGAUUCUCAGACUAGGUAUCCAGCCUUACUACAGCGUGCACCUCCACAAGACCACCCAGCCGAACCUUCUGCCGCGUUUCAAACUAGUCGUACCGCCCAGGAAGGGCCAUUCGGGCGCCGUCGCGGCUCUUCAAACGUCAGCGGCGGCAGUGGAUCAUAUUUACAGCGUUUGAACAAGGGAAGCGAUGGCUCUAUACCACCACCACCGCCGGAGUUUCUCAAUAUCCGGAGAGGUUCCCUAACAGGUUCCGUCCUAGAAAGUCCAGUUUCUCCCGUGGCAGGGUCUGUGAUGAGUCAGGGACAAUCGAGACACCAGCCGUUGCCCUCUCCUGGAACCACUUAUGCCGCUCCUCAUCAUGGAAACUCACAUCUUGAGCACAAUCCAGCUCCUCCCUCUCAUCAGCUUGAGGAUGACCUUGAAUACCAGAAAAAACUGAUGCGUGAAGGUAUCGAAUCAGCUAGAAAACGGAGGCAAGAGGAAGAGGCCCGCGAGGAGGCCGCACGCCGAGAGCGUAUACAAAAGAAACUAGAAGCGAUGGGACCUCCCCCUGAAAAGAAGAGCGACGCGAAAGAGACAUCCAGGGAUCACGGAGCGAAGCCAACGCCAAGCCAGCAACCGGCUCUCAGUGAGCAAACAGAUGCAUCCACUGCAAAGGCAAACCCAAAUCAGACAGAUUCGGGUAAGGAUGACGCAGCCGCUAUACCCCAUAUUGAGAAGCCCGGGUUAAGCCACAAAGAUAUCCCACCACAGGCAAACAUCGCCCCGCCGCCUGGGCCGACAACUAGGCGGCUAUCUCACAGUCAAGACGCAGAACCUACCGGCGCCACCUGGGGUAGCCGGCCAGACCGAUUCUCUUCGUGGGUUGCUGGGACGCCACGGAAUGUUUGGAGCUCGCCAGACAACGACAGCGGACUUGGAAAUGGGACGUUCAACCCUCACCUUGGCCGUGUAUCUGGCGCGUCCACUCAGCCGACUUCAACCAACAAUGCCCCUGCCCCCAUUGCCCCCCCAACUACAGCUCAACCUCCUCACAACCGAAACCAAGUCCCCGCUCCCAUCGGUUCGCGUGCCACACGAUAUGGAAACCUGGGAACAGAGCUUGCGAAUAAAUGGGUGACAGCCGUGGCUGAAAACGACAAGAGGAUGAGUGCAGCGAAGUUGGCUGAACGAACAGCGCGUGAACGUCAGCUAGCCGAACGUGGAGUCUCUGUAGAGGAUGCCCAGCCAGUAAUCAAAGAUACAUGGCGCCCUGUUCACAUCCCUGGUGAUGGUACCAGGCGCGCCGUAAGUUCCAGUGAGGUUCCGUCAAAUACCACGGACGAUUCUAUUGCGGGUGGCCAACCUGCAGUUCUUGGAAAUGGGGCCAGCAGCUCUGUCUUGCCUCCAAACGGCCCGACAACAACUCCCCAGUCGCGGCCCUCUCGAUUCUUCCCCGCUCGAGAUGUUCGAACUGAGACAGGCAUGGUUGAGCCAAUCCGACCCUCUUCACCAUCUCCUCCUCCGCCAACCAUGGAAGGCCACCCAGCAUACGAGGGAGACAUUUCACGCCCACAUGUCUCAUUACCGAAGCCGCAGCCAGUAGUCAAGCUGCCUCCUAAUAUGGUCGCUGCUCAAGGACUACAACCUAAAGCUAGCAACCCAUGGGUUAAUCGGGCGUCAGGAAGAGAAAUAUCACGCGCCCCCGUCCCUCAUGCUUAUUCCGCGCGGCGUGUCUCCGAGACGUCGCAGGAAAAUUGGCAAGAUAAAAUCAAUACUCUUCUCAAUAGUGGCAAAGCAUCUCCGCCGAAACAUAUGGGAGUAGAUCCUGCCAGUAGGAAUGCAUUGGAUCAUACGACCAACCAGCACUCUACAACCGUAUCUCUACCUGUUGUGACAGUACAGCACUCUACAGCCGCUUCCCUGCCUGUUGUGACAGCACCACGCUCGGCGGAUAGCUCUUUAACACUGAUUUCCAAGCCCAUGGCGGAAGAAUGCUUCGAAGAACAGGAAAUGGGCUCUCUGCCACGGAUUAGACUUCCGCACAAGGCACCAGAAGCAGCAUGGCAACCCGCUUCGAGCAUAAAGCCAAUGCCUAAGAGGUUCUUCGUACAGCCGUCUGUUGGAGAGCCAUACUUUUUCGCGGCGGAAGUCGUUGGCGGCGCCAAUGCUGUGAGAAUUCACUUUCCAGGGAUGAGCGAGCCUAGGAUGGCCACCUUCCCCCUUUCUGCAGCAAGAGGCGGACGAGGAACCCAUCGGCCGUCGUCGCGACACCGAGGCGGUGGUCACGGACCUCGUGGAGGUGGAGGAGGAAGUGGUAACGGCAAUGGCGGCGGCAAAAGGGAAUUCUCUAAUAGCUACGGAGAUGCUGCGAGUCAAAGCAGCACUGGCCGUGGCAGCCGUGGCGGAUAUCGUGGUCGCGGAUCUGACAAUUGGAGUCGA